AUAACAUCACAAGAAUUGUAUGGCUGACAGUAAGGAGAAUCACUUAGAGGAUCUUGAGAGUGAAGGGUUACCUAAAUGGAAAUCAAAAGUAGGGAACUGAAAAAACUAAGUUUUCUCUAAGGUUUAAAGGGCCACUAACUUUUAUUUUCAUGUGCUAAAUUUGAAGUUGACAAACAUGGCCUUAAGCAGCUGCUAUGAAGAAAAUGAUUUCAAACCUGUUAAACAAAACAGCUUUUGUGAAUUUAAAGCAUUGUUGUGAAUGGGUUAUGACUAAAUACUUCACCUAGUCUAUAUAAUGAACUACCUCUAACCUAACUAAUAAUGAUAACUGCCUAAUUGUCCUGUUGGAAACAAUGUACCGGUAUGUAUUUCUUCUACUAAAAGUUUUUUUGGUUUAAGCCCUGUUUCACUAAGGAAAACUGGUUUUGUGCCCCUUAGUCUCUAUUUAACCAUGCUUUAGAAUUUCUAAUGUUGCUUUUGAGGUGAGUGUGGUAUUUUGAAACUGAUAAUUACAAUGCUGAAAUUUACAUUUAUCUGCACUCAAUUUCUGCACUUCUCUGGCAGUACUCACCUUUGUAUGAUUUGAAUUUCAAUAAAUGUAUUUAUUUCCCAGCUUUUCCAUUUGGAACACGAUGAUGGGCACAUCACUGUUGAGCAUGCCAUGGGCUAUCAAUCAGGCUGGAUUUGUUCUGGGUACCAUUCUUGUGAUAGUAAUGGCUGGAAUUAUUUUUUACACCUGCUACUUGAUAAUAAAGUGUUCACAAGAGAAAGUGGAGCAUGGAGAUGUUGUGGAAUUUUCUGCUUUAUGUAGAGAGUAUCUUGGUAAACCUGGAGAGCUCAUUGCAGUAUUGUUUUCAGUGGCACCUCUCGUCAGUGCAGUCAUUGUAUUUUGGGUUUUAAUGAGCAACUUUCUCUUCAACUCUGGAAAAUACAUCCAAGAAAACAUAUUUUCAGUUGCACUAGUGAUCAACUCUUCAACCACUUUGGAAGUGCUUUGCCCAGGUGGCUACAGUGCAGGGGUAACUUCUUCAAAUAGCUCAGUUAUUCAGGAUGAAAAUUCAUUUUGGCAUGUUCAACACACCGUACCAUACUUGUUGAUUGCUGUCUUCUUUCCACUGUGCAGUGUCAGGUCACCAACUUUUUUCACAAAGUUUAAUUCUUUAGGAACCGUGUCAGCCAUCUACAUUAUCAUCUUCACUAUUAUCAAAGCCAGCAUAUGGGGAGUCAACCUGGACUUUAAAAAAAUACCAAUGUUCAAGGCUAGUUUUCCUGCCCUAACAGGUUUACUUACUCUGGCCUACUUAAUUCACAACUGUAUUCUAUCAAUAAUGAGGAACCAGGAGAACCCUAAAAAUAACGAACGAGACCUCAGUGUAGCUUUCUGUCUUGUAGCAUUUACAUAUACACUUGUUGGAGUGCUGUUCUUCAUUUCUUUUCCUAGAGAAAAAGAUUGUAUUCAACAGGUUCUUCUUGAUAACUUUCCAGCUGCAGAUGUUAUGACAUUUAUAGCUAGGCUCUUUCUUCUGUUUCAACUUACCACCGUGUUUCCUCUGGCCAUGUAUGUCAUACGUGUGCAGUUCAUGUUCUAUUUCUUCAAAAAAACCUAUCCCAGCUAUCUACAUGUGUUUAUCCUAAACUUUGUACUGAUUGGGACCUGUGUAUUAUUUGCUGUGGUCUACCCACAUGUUGGUGACUUUAUCAGGUAUGCGGGAUCAUUAAGUGGAGUGGCCUAUGAUUAUGCACUACCCUGUAUUGUGUACAUAGUGAUACAGAAGCAAAAAGGAAAGCUGUCUUGGCUGAGUGCUGGAUUCCAUUCUAUUAUUGUUUUGCUUGGGUUUGCUAACUUAAUGGCUCAGUUCUUCACUUCUGCUUGAGACUUUACUGAGAAAUUAAGUGGAUAAUGCAUGAAAGUGGUGGCACUCUAGAGGUGGUAAUAAGAAAACUUCAUUUGCCUUGAGUCUAGGUUGUCUUCUUUGCCAAAGGUGUUUGAAGUGUUCACAAAUGUUCCUAACUAUAAAUUUACAGGCAAGUUAUGAAUUGGUAAACUUUUUUGUUGCUACUAAGUGUUAAUGACCAGCAACUCUGCAUUGGUAGGUCACUAUUACAUAAUGACACAUAACAAACCUAAAAACCAUUUCUAAAUUUUUGCUACCAUGAAGACAUUUAUACCAUCACAAGUGAGGGUUUAAAAUACUUUGCAUCUCAUAGAACAGUGUGAUAGUUAUUAAGAGCACUUUAGAAAAGAUUAAGCAUAAGGCAAAUGUAUUUGCUUGUAAAUAAAAGAUGCUUUUGACAUA